AUCCAGUCAGGUCUUCUCUCUCUAAACCACACCUCUAGCUCACUAUAUAUUCUUCCUCUCUGCAGAACCAGCCUCUCACUCACAGAGCCGACAGACGCACUGACACAAGGUGUUGAUGUGCUCAGCACUUCUCUGUGUUUACAGUGCACGCCUCCUCCUCCUCCUCCUCCUCCUCCUCCUCCUCGGGGACUCUGGCUCGGGGCUGUCCAGGCUUGACGGAGCUCCAGAACCACGGAUCAGAGUCGGGAGGGGAACCGGAGCCUGAGCAGAGGAGACGCCUGAAGCAUGAAGGAUAAAACUCUGUGACUCUUCUUCUUCUUCUUCUUCUUCACUUUGCUGCGGGGCCUCAUCAAACAGGACGACUGAUCGAUUUCCUCCGCUGUUAUUUUGUCCAUCAGCAAAAACAUGUCUACAAAAGAUUUAACUGACGACUGCUAUGUGAAGCAUAAUGUCACGUAUCACACUCUCUCCUGGCUGAUGAUUGGAGAGUUCACACUGGGUCUGCCGCUCAACCUAUCGGUCCUCUUCAUCUUCAUCUUCAGAUUCAAGUUCUGGAAGAACAAAAGCAUCCUGCUCUUCAACAUCGUGGUGGCCGACUUCCUGCUGGUGAUCUGUCUCCCAGUCAGGAUCCACAACUACCAGCACGGCCUGCGGCGCAGCGGCGAGAACGCCGUGUGCAAGACCAUGCUCUUCAUGCUCUUUCUCAACCGAGGAGCCAGCAUCACCUUCCUCAUCACGCUGACCAUCGACCGCUACUUCAACGUGGUCCACCUGGGGAGGAGGAACUUUGUCCGAAGGCUGAAGAAAUCUCCUGCGUUCUCCAUCAUCAUCUGGGUCCUGCUGCUGCCGCUCACCGUGCCCACCAUGCUCCAGAAGGAAGGCUGCUGCAACAGCCUCGGACGAGUUGCGACACCAGAAGAGAAAGUGGUGGACACUUUGAGAGAGGUGGUCUUCUUCUCUCAGAUCCUCGUCCCCUUCGUCAUCCUGGUCUACUGCACGGUGCGCAUCGUCCACCGGCUCAGGAAGAAGACCGUGGGGGAGAAGGCCAAGCUGAGGAGAGCCGUGUGGCUGGUCAUGUCUGUGGCCGUGGUCUUCUCCAUCUGCUUCCUGCCCUGCGCCGUGGGCCGAGCGGUGCUGAUGUGGGUUCGGUUGAUGAAGUACGAGGAGGCCGAGGUGUCCGUGGUGCAGGUGUACGACAGCCUCAUGGUUCUGUCCUACACCGACUGCCUGCUGGACCCGCUGGUCUACUGCUUGAGUAACACGGGGUUUAAGAACGCCUACGUCUCCACCUUCUGCCCCACGUUCCUGCAGAAGAGGCUGAAGAAGUACGACGUCAGCUCCACGACAGGAACCAACACAGCUACAACCUCUGCAGCCAGAAAAAUCUCACUGCCGUUAACAAACAAGGGAAAUGCUCUGCUGCCCAAAGUGUGAAUCUAGAUCUGAAGGCCUCAGCCGAGCAGAUGAUAACCACUGCUUCUGUUCUCAGCUGCCGUGGCACAUCAGACUCUUUCUUUCUGUCAAUGAUGAACAUUAAAGGUCAUCAAAGGUCGUUUCACCAGCAAGAACAGCGCCACAGUGAAAUAUGAUGGAAGGGUGUGAAUGGAAAUGGAAAAAAGAGGAUGAGGGGAUGAGGGAGGGAUGGAGGGAUGUUUGUGAUCUGUGAGCAGGGGCGUUUCAAGGGACUUUGGGGGCUCCAAGCAAGAGGGCCCCCCCUACACCAUCCCAGGUGCAGCACAAACUCAGAGCUGCAGCUUUGGGUAUCGCUUCAAAGUAAAAGCUGGAUUGUGUCGCUAAAAAUAUAUUUUUAUAUCUGUAUUUAAUUAUAAUAUAUUCUUGUGAGUCUGCGUUCAGGAGCCGAGAGAAUGAGACGUUUCCUUUGUGAUUAUAUUUUAUCUGACUCCUGCAACAUUCACAAAGUGCUAAGAAGAUGAAAACUUAAAAAAGUAAAUCGUCUGAACACCGUGUCCUGCAGGAGCCUGGAAGGAUUUUAAAACUCUCCUCACUCACAGAGUUUACAGGUCGUUGGUGAAGUUGAUUAUCACAACUGGAUAAUUUGUGUAUCACAGUACAGCCGACUGGAGAUGUUUGUGUACGGCAGCAGUAAACACACAGAAUACAGGUGAUGCAGCUGCACAACAACAAAUCAGCAGGAUACCACUGAUCCAAACACACUUCACUUUUUCCCCCAAACCCACCCUGAUGUUGACCUGCUGCUGAUCACAGGCAGCCGCCACAGACUCUGAGUCCAGGUUGUGUAGCCGGCACAUUCCCACACGUCGUUAUCAGAUGCGUUCGACUCUUUGAACAUUUUUAAGGCGUGACCCUUUUCGCUCUGGGCGGGUUUGAUGGGUUUUGGUCUGUGAGUUGAGGCGAGCGGCUGCAGAGCAGGAACAGUUUUUUAGAUUCUAGUGUAAUCUUGAAUAUAACGGCAACAACAACAACAACAGAGAAAGGAAGUGUGCAAACAAAUAUGGCAAAAAUUGAGUAGUAAGUUAGAAAAGUUAGAUUUUCUUUGGUUUCACGUGUCGAUCUGAAGCACAACUUGAGGCUCUGGACUUGGUCUGAGGUUUUCAUCCUGUUUGGCUCCUCGUUUUCAUCCUGAGAUAUUUGUUUUUUAUUAUUGUAUAUAUAUAUUAUUCAUUUUUGCGUCUGUCACUUGUUAGAAUCGUCACCAACACUGUGAAUCUCCUGCUGUGUUCUCACAUGGGCCCGUCUGUUCUGUGAGACACUGACCUGUCAGUAGCGUCAGCAGGCGGCUGUGCUCCUGUAGAACCUGGUGGAUCUGCUCGAUGUGCAGCAGCAGCUCACAGGGACGAGCUCCAGCCUGCAAACAACCAAACACGUUUCAAUCUCUGUGACAGGCAGGGGGCGCAAUGCUGAGGUUAUGCUGCCAUCUAAAGGAGAGAGAAGGAACUGAGGUUAAAGUUGACAUCAGGUCACAUUGAUAUUGUAUAACGUGAAUAUUUGCUUCUCAAUAAAGUUCCGUGCU